AAGAAACGGAACCACGUUUUCAGCCCUUGGUCGGGGAAGAAAAUUGCUGCUGUACCAAUAGAGCCACAUUGAGGUCAUAUCUUUCAAAUGCGCAUGUAACAUGUCUAGUUUUUCAAGAUCGGCCCAGCAAUGGGCGACAUUUGCAAGAUCGUGGUUUCUUAUAGACGCCAGGCUGCAGCCUCCAGGGAAGAUUGCCACUAUGUGUUCAGUGAGGCUUCAAGGCAAACAUAAACCCAUUUACCAUCCACUGAGUGAUAUUGGAGAUCAUGUGGUGGUCAUGAACACCAAACACAUCGCAUUCUCUGGAAACAAAUGGGAACAGAAAGUGUAUUCAUCUCACACUGGUUAUCCCGGAGGAUUUAAACAGCUCACUGCAGCCCAAAUGCAUAAAAAAGACACAACAGCUAUCAUUAAACUGGCAGUUUACGGCAUGCUCCCCAAAAACCUCACGAGAAGGACCAUGAUGCAGCGGCUUCACCUCUUCCCAGAUGAUGUACUUCCUGAGGAUAUUUUGAAGAACCUGACAGAGGAACUUCCCCAACCCAGAGAGAUUCCUCGCAAGCUCAGCGAGUACACGCAGGAGGAGCGAAAUGCUUUCCCUAUGCUCUGGACCCCGCCAGAGGACUUCAGGAUGAAAUGAACAUCAGCGUGCAGGGAUUUUGUGUGUCUCAGUCUGUCCACAUGUUGGAAAUGUUUUGCUUUUGUAUUAAUGUCUAUGUACAAUAAAUUAAAGCUGUUUAAAUUUGAA